GUUUUUUGCCACCACUUUUUUAUUCCUCUGCACCCCGCAAAGGGAUCAAAGAGUUCUUUCAUAUUUUUUGACAACCUCCAGUUGCAUUGCAUACAUCCCAUCUCAUAUCCUUACUCUUGAUCUCCAUUACUUUGGGACAAUGGGACGAUUGCACCGCAUCGAGCUUGAGAACUUCAAGUCAUAUAAGGGUCAUCAAACCAUCGGGCCUUUCCAUGACUUUACAUGUGUCAUUGGACCGAAUGGUGCAGGCAAAUCCAACUUAAUGGACGCCAUCUCCUUUGUCCUUGGUGUCAAGUCCUCACAGCUUCGUUCUAGUCAACUUCGGGAACUUAUCUACCGCGAUCGUGCAGAGGAUCAGGAGCAGUCACAGCGCAGUGGAACGAGCAAACCAUCUCGUCAGGGCGGCAACAAUGGUUCGGAUCCCAGAAAGACUUGGGUUAUGGCUGUUUACCAAAAGGAUGAUGGAAAUGAAAUCCAUUUUACCAGGAGUGUUAAUAUGGCUGGAGUGAGUGAAUACAAGAUAAACGGAAAAGCGAUGAUAUAUGCCGACUAUGAUAAAGCCUUACAAAAAAUAAAUAUUCUUGUAAAAGCAAGAAAUUUUUUGGUCUUCCAGGGUGAUGUAGAGGCGAUAGCGUCACAAUCACCAAAGGACCUUACUAAGCUGAUUGAACAGAUCAGUGGGUCUUUGGAGCUCAAACAAGAAUACGAUCGACUUUUGGAAGAACAAGAGCGUGCUGUGGAAAACUCUACUUUCAACUUUCAUAGAAAGAAGGGCAUUAAUGCCGAGAUUAAACAAUAUCAAGAACAGAUGGCUGAAGUUGAACGGUUUGAGAAUUUGCAGGAAGAAAAAGCAAAUCUUUUGGUCAAUUAUCUGGUUUGGAAAUUGUUCCAUAUUGAACAUAAUAUCAUGACAACCGAGAAAGAAAUCAUGGCAAAGGAUGAGGCACUCAAAUCGACCCAGACAGAGCUGGAGAGACAGGAGGAAUUACUGAAAAAGGCAAAGAAAGAACAAGCUUUAGCACAGCGAGAAGCCUAUCGAAAAGAACGUUCUAUUGCUAAACGUGAAAAGGCUCUUAGCGAUCUCCAUCCAGAGGCUUUAAGUUUAGACGAAAAGAUUGCUCACGUGUCAAAAAAGAUUAAGUCAAUCAAAUCCAACGGAAUCACUGUCAAAGAAACAUAUACUUCACAGCAACGAGGCGUUACUCAACUCGAAGCAGAGUUGGCUAAAAUUGAGAAGGCUGCAACUAAAUUUGAGCAGGAGGCAAAAGCACAAGAGGAGUCUCGUGGUGUAGUUCUCAGUCAAGAGGAUAUUGAGUUCUAUAACUCUAAAAAAGAGGAAGUCGCUUUGCGAACUAUCACUCAGACUCAGCAGGUAGCUCAGCUCAAGAGAAAUAUCAAGACUACCCUUGAGGAAAAUAGUCGCCUACAGGAGACGGUUACUGAGCUGAGGGUCAAGAAAGAUCGAUUAAAAGAGCAAGAGACAGGUCUUGCUGAUCACCAAAAGAAAGUUGAGUCACACAUUGCACAAGUUCUGCAGGAUCAGGCUAAAGUGCAGCAAGACCUAUCCAACAUAAACAACGAACGAAUUAGGAUCGAAAAGACAGAACUGGAGCUGAAUGAGAAGUUGACCAUCACCCUCAACCAAUUGAUGGAAGCCAAGCUGGAUCAACGUGAAUCCGAGAAAGAACAGCGCUUGAAAGAGACAUUGAGCUCAUUAAAACGCAUCUUCCCAGGCGUUCAUGGCCGUGUCAGCGAUCUUUGCAAGCCUACUCAAAGAAAAUAUGAUGCGGCCAUUUCCGUAAUCGUGGGUCGCCACAUGGAUGCCAUUGUCGUUGAUCGAGAAAAGACAGCCAUUGACUGCAUUCAGUUCCUGAGAGAACAACGCUCAGGCUAUGCAACAUUCUUACCCCUGGACACGCUUGUAGUCAAGCCAAUUAAUGAUCGAUUAAGAACUCUGGCUAAGGGUGCUCGACUUGCGAUUGAUGUUGUACAAUAUGAUGAGGCUUUAGAACGCGCGAUUCAGUACGUAUGUGGCAAUGAUUUGGUAUGCGAUACUAUGGAAGUGGCGAAAUAUGUGUGUUAUGACUUGGGUCAGCAAGUCAAGGCUGUAUCACUUGAUGGAACUGUCUUCCAUAAGAGUGGAUUGAUUACCGGAGGUCAAAGUGGAAUCAGUUCAGGUGCACGCCGUUGGGAAGAAAGGGUCGUGGAGGAUCUGAAGAGACGAAGAGACACCAUGCUCGCGCAAUUGAAUGAGCUGUCCAGGACAAAAAAGAAAGGUGUACCUGAAGAAGAACUGAGAAGUGAACUGGCUGGUAUCGAAAGCAAGCUUUCGUUCGCACGUGAAGAUUUGAGCGCUACCAAGAGGAAAAUCAAUGGCAUUCGCGAAGAGAUCAAGGUUAUUGAUGCAGAAUUGGCAGAGAAAGGUCCCAAAGCUGAGCAAUCGUCCCAAGAACUAGAUCAGCACAAGACGAGGAUUUCUAGUAUUGAGGCUAUCAUUCAUCAAAUCGAGGAUGAGAUUUUUGCAUCACUUUGUCGCAAGGUUGGAGUAUCCAAUAUUCGCGAGUACGAGGAGCGUAGGCUGAAGCGCUCUCAGGAACUUGCCGAAAGAAGGGCUCAAUUUGAGACGCUACUAUCUAAGCUACGCAAUCAGCUCUUGUUUGUGACCACUCAGUUAAACGAGACGAAGGAGCGACUUACCCGUUUAGAAACUUUGAUGACCACGGAAACAUCCUCGUUGGAUAGCUAUGAAGGACAACGCGAUGAAAUUCUCUCUAAACAAACUGCCAUUCAGCAAGAGAUCGAGGCACUAAAGCAAGAUAUGGAAGGUGCACAGGAGGCAUUCCAGACUUGCUCAAACCAAGUGAAUGAAUAUAAAAAACAAGUUAGCCGUGUGAACAAACAGGUGGAUUCGUUGAUGAAGGAUAUUGGAGCCAAGGAAUCACUGGUGGAAAAACUAGACUCCGAACGCUCUUCGAUCUUCAGGCGAUGCAAGCUUGAGCAAAUUGAACUUCCGAUGGAGAGGGGUUCGCUAGAUGAUGUCAAUUUAGAUGACGUGGAUGUUUUUCGUCCACCAACAUCCAGUGAAAAUGACAUGGAUAUUGACACAGAAGGAGGUGUAUCAGGGCGUUCCUCUUUGAGCUACCGAAGUCACGAAUGGAAGAUCACAGUAGACUUUUCAGAUCUUGAUGACGACCAGAAACAAGUACUUCCAAGCUCCAAUGCGGCCCUAUCUUCAAGCCAAGCCUCGGGUACAGCUGGACUUGAUAUCCAUCGUCUAUCACUAACCCAGUCGCAAAACGGUGGAUCGUCAUCUCAGCCCGACCACACUGAAGUCAAAACGAUGGAGCAACUGGAGAAUGAGUUUUUAGAUCGUCUUCGACAACUCUCAGAAGAAAUCGAGCGACUGGCGCCUAAUAUGAAAGCAAUUGAGCGUCUAGAGGGAGUGGAAGCAAGGUUGAAGCAAACAGAUAAAGAAUUUAAUGCUGCACGAAAGAGUGCGAGAUCAAUCAAGGAAGCUUUUAAUAGUGUCAAGCAGGAGCGUUACGAUCGGUUUAACAGCGCAUUUCAGCAUAUUUCACAGAAGAUUGACGAGGUCUACAAGUCUUUGACACAAUCGACUACAUUUCCCUUGGGAGGCACUGCCUAUCUAUCUUUGGAGGACACAGAGGAACCAUAUCUGAGUGGGAUUAGGUACCAUGCGAUGCCUCCACUGAAGAGAUUCCGCGAUAUGGAUCAACUCUCGGGAGGCGAAAAGACCAUGGCAGCCCUUGCGCUGUUAUUUGCGAUCCACUCAUACCGCCCAUCACCGUUCUUUGUGCUAGAUGAGGUGGAUGCAGCGUUGGACAACCUGAACGUAGCUAGGAUUGGACAUUAUCUACAGGAACAUGCUUCAGCACAACUGCAAUUCAUUGUCAUUUCACUCAAGAGCUCGCUCUACGAGCGUGGACAAGGACUGGUAGGGAUCUACCGUGAUCAAGAGGUCAACAGCAGUAAGACUCUGACAUUGGCCCUGGACCAGUUUUAUGAGUAGAAAACCCAUAGAGGUAGCCUUUGUAUUUGAUAAAUGUCAUGGUUUAGUGGCGAUAAAACAUGCAACUGUUCAUUGAAAC